AUGCCAAUUUUCUACGAAUCCCUCUCUGACAAUCUCCGUGACUGGGCCCUCCGCCAACCUCUCUUCUUCGUCUCAUCUGCUCCUUUGCGCGGCCGCCAUAUUAACGUAUCCCCCAAGGGCCUCCCCGACUCGUCCUUUGCCGUCUUGAACCCCAACAAAGUGGCGUAUGUCGACUCGACCGGGUCCGGAUGUGAGACUAUCUGCCACCUUCGUGAAAAUGGACGGGCGACCAUAAUGUUCUGCUCUUUCGAAGCGACUCCGCGAAUCAUGCGAUUUUUCUGCACGGGCUCGGUGAUUGAAUGGAACGGUCCGAGGUAUGCUGGAUACCUCAAGCGGAUGGGGGUGAAGUCUCUAGUAGGAGCAAGGGCAGUUAUUCUUCUGGAUAUCUUCAAGCUCAGUACCGUUCAAAUAUCCUGUGGCUUUGGAGUCCCACUGCUCGACCUCACUGUCGAUCCAGAAAUAAACAAACCAAAACCGUGUUUCACAAACCGUCCGAGGCUGGGCGAGUUCGCUGAAUACACAAUUAAUCGAGGGGAGAUGCCUGGCUACCAGAUGCAAUGGAACAGUAAGAGCCUUGAUGGGCUUCCCGGCCUUCACUCGGCAAUGAAGGACAAGGGCGAGUCUAUUUGGUGGGCUCAGAUGAGAAACUGGAUCAGUUACUAUCAAUAUCAACUUGAUAUAAUCAAAACGGUAAUGGCACUUAUGUUUCUAGUCCUGGUGGUCGCAGAGUGGGCAGCAUAUUUGCAGCGCCAGCGCUGUGUGAUAGUAUAG